CGGUUAUGCGCGUCUAGCGUCGGAUGAUUACGCGAGGGCGGUGCCAAGUAGGAGAUAAGCGACGACGAGAACCUCACCGGUAGUUGCAUCCUUUUUGCUUUAACCAUUUAUAAGCACCUUGUUUAGCUACUGUUAGCCGUUUAUACCAACCAGCUCACAAACAAUUGCUGUUGUUUUUUUUUGUAUGUCCCGAAUUCCAUUCAUAUCUGUCAAGAAUUCGAAACGGAAAAUAAACCACAUUAUGGAGACGGAGAUACACGUGCCUGUGGGGUCGCCGGUAAUUCGAAAAUUCCCGAUUUUCGUGGAGGAACAUAACGUAACCGAUGGGGCAAUGAAGCUGGUAAAGCAGCUUCGGCCAGCGUGGGACAUAAACCAUGUCAAGACCAAGCUCUUCACUGAUGGGACCACUAAUAAGCUGGUGGGUUGUUAUGUGGAUGCCAGUCCAGAGGACGUGGUUCUGGUGCGUGUGUAUGGGAACAAGACGGAGCUGAUCGUCGACCGAGACAACGAGCUCAAGAGCUUCCAGGUGCUACAUGCUAACGGCUGUGCGCCGCGCCUCUACUGCACCUUCCAGAAUGGCCUCUGCUACGAGUUCAUGCAGGGGGACGCCCUCGGGACACAGGACGUCAGGGACCCGAUUUUACUCAGGCUAAUAUCCAGGGAGAUGGCUCGUAUCCAUGCGAUCCACGCACAUAACGGCUGCAUCCCCAAACCCAACCUGUGGAUCAAGAUGAGGAAAUAUUUCUCUCUGGUCGCCACCGAGUUCACAGAGCAAGCCUCCAACGCCAGGAUCCAGCAGGAGGUGCCCAGCCAGGCAGUGUUGGAGCAGGAGAUGGUGUGGAUGAAGGAGCACUUGUCUCAGCUGGGCUCUCCUGUGGUGCUCUGUCACAACGACCUGCUCUGCAAGAAUAUCAUCCACAACAGCAAAGCAGGCCAUGUCCGGUUCAUAGACUAUGAAUACUCUAGUUACAACUAUCAGGCCUUUGACAUCGGGAACCACUUCAACGAGUUUGCUGGUAUGAGUGAGCUGGACUAUGGGCUGUAUCCUAGCCGUGAGAUGCAGCUGGAGUGGCUGCGUGUGUAUCUGCAGGCGUACAAACGGUCUACUAAGAAAGGAGAGGAGGUCAGCGACAGAGAGCUGGAGAGACUCUACAUACAGGUCAACAAGUUUGCUCUGGCAUCACACUUCUUCUGGGGCUUCUGGGCACUCAUCCAGGCCAAGUACUCCUCCAUUGAUUUUGACUUCCUGGGGUAUGCUGUGCUGCGCUUCAACCAAUACUUCAAGACCAAACCUGCAGUGAUGGCUCUACAGAUCCCAGAAUGAGAGGAGGAGAAGAGAGGGACCCCAUCACUGGCACUGACCAGUGGAGCAGACACACUUUGAGCAGGAGAGGGCUGUGCUGGGGGAUGAGGGACAAAAGUUGUGGUUGAGCAUUAUUAAUGGGGUCGAGGGGUGGGAUAAAUAACAUUUAGAGGGCCGAGUGUGGAUGGACCACAACAUUUUUUCCAAACUCGGUCCCUGGCAACAAGCGCAAAUACUAUUUAAUUCCUCUUCAACUCUGUCCACCUCUGUCUCACCAGUCAAGCUCAUCAAGAUUCCCCAAAACAGCCAGGGGUGGCCUGUGUGUAAAUGUGUCUUUAUUUAUUUAUUCUGUGAAGAAUUGAUUGACCUACUGAUGUAAGAUUAAUUCCCCAGGCAGACGGGUAGCUGAAACACUAGCUGAGUCCGGGAGCAUUUGGUGCCAACAUGGAGAACAGUGUGCAGACAGUUCUGUAUUUAUGGGCUCUGAGUUUUCCCUGUGGUUGUGUUCCAGGUGUGUAGUGUAGGAGAGAGGGCAGCCAGCUUGUCCUUAAUGUAGGCACUGAUCUGAGAGGAUUUCUUAAGCAAUAUGGUCAUGGUUUCACCAUGAAAAUAGUGUAUUCAUUCAACUCAGAUCUACACGAAGUGGCUAGGGGUUGACGUAGAACUGAAGUUGUAGUUGCUUUGCAGUGAAGGUGGCAUUGCCGUGUAGGUUAGAGGGGCUAGCCAUGGCAAGACAGUGAUAUGGUCCUUUAAUAAUGUCUGUGACCGCAGAGCUGCCUCUGUGGCCAGGAGCAGCUUUGCGUCACUGGUGCUAGACUUUAAACCAGGGCCCUGUUCUCCCUCUGCCUCUUUUCCACAUCUUUAGCUUUUAUAGUUAUGGUGACUCGCUCUGUUAAACUUUGCACUCAGACUACUCUGAGAAUCACAACCUCAAUCACCCCUGCCUUCCCCAGUAUCUGACCCCUCUUCCUCCCCCUUUCUCUCACCUCCCUCUGCCCUUUUACACUUCCUCCUCUCUUGACUCUCUUGAUUGGCUGAGGUGGUGGAGGGACUUUUGCCUGAAGUGCACAUAUUCACUGUAACAUCCCAACCUCCAUCCAUUCAGUCAUAACUUCCCUAAAAAGGAGCCAGAAUCUUAUACAAUAGGUUAUUGCGUAAAGUGUCAGAGCCACUGCUUCAAAGGGUGUGGAAUCACUAACCCCAAUGUUGUUCUGAAGCUUAUCAGGAUGUGAGUGAGGUGGCCAAGGACAAGACAGCAGGGUAAAGUCCACACUGAGCCAGCAACCACUUCCUUCUCUGACUGACAUCAUGAUCUUUGGAGGAACUCUAACACCUUUCUUUAUCCCGGUCCCCCCUCCCUUCCUCUCCAGCCCUCUCAGAUCAGAAGAUCAACAUGUAAGGGAAAGUAGAGGAGAGCCGUAUUAGGAUAUCAUAAGCCUGUCCUGUGAUCCCUGGCUGUCUCCUGUUACUGACAGGGUUAAUAAUGCACCAAUAUAGGAGGCUGCCAACUCUAUGAAGGUGUUGAAGAGAAGGACUGUUGUGAUGAGUCACUAGCCAUGCUUGCCAGGCCUCUUAGUUCCCCUAGCACACUCCAAAAUGUGUUGUCUGGCUACACGGUGAGACUGAUGAGCAGCCUCUUGGCUCUCAGGAGAGCUUGCCUUUUUGUCCCUUGUCACUAGCUGUACAGGCAGGGAGGGUAGAUGCAAUUUUCACCAGCUCUUGUCCUGGAGAGCUACAGUCUAGACACAUGAUUCAACUAAUCAUCAUUAUCCUGGUUCAUUUAAUCAUGUGUGUUAGUGCUGGGCUGGAACAAACCUGCACACCCUGUAACUGUCCAGGACCAGGGUUUUUGACUACUGGAAUAGUGUUAAGCAGAGCAUCUGCAACAUAGCAGUAGAUUGAUGCAACAAAUGGAAAUGACUCAUACUUGUUGUAGGAUUGUGUCUAUUCUAUACAGUACAUUUCUAUCUGCAACAUUCCAAACCAUUUAUGUCAUUGAGUCGAGAAUCUUGUAGUGUUUCCUAAAUGGAUGGUCAAGGCCCUCUUGUAUACAUUUUUAAAGGCCGUUAUGGACAGAGACGACACUUUGAAAGGCUUCAGGUGAGUCACAGCUCACCACCAAUAUGUCGGCCCAGGGUUGAACUAACAGGUGACCAAGUGCAAUGAAUUCCUGUUUAUCGUAGAUGUACAUAUGUGAAUGUGUUUCCUUUGAGUUGACUGUAACAUUUCAGUGAGACUAACUGUAUCCCUGUUAGGGUGCAUCUCAACCAUCUUAGAGUGGAUUCCUUUCCUUCAUCUACACUAAUAGGAAACAAUUAGAUGGAUGACAAAUGAAUCCACCAUAUUGCUUUCAUCCUGUUUUCAGAUGUGUGGUGCUGAAGGAGAGAAGAGGGAGACUGACCAUAAGAGUAUGAGGGAGUCACUAGAGGGAGACUGACCAUAAGAGUAUGAGGGAGUCACUAGAGGGAGACUGACCAUAAGAGUAUGAGGGAGUCACUAGAGGGAGACUGACCAUAAGAGUAUGAGGGAGACACUAGAGGGAGACUGACCAUAAGAGUAUGAGGGAGACAAGGUGGUCGAAUGUCAAGAUGUUCUAUGCACUCCUGGUGGUCUGUGGUUACAUUCAACUAAACUAGUAAGACACUAGAUUGCCAAGCUACAACAAACAAGUGGCAACAUAGGUUAAUGGUUGAGAUUUGUGAUUAGAAAGCAACAGCCUACUUCAUGCUAGCAUGGCCAGAUAGAUGACUGUAAAUGUCUGCUUCCUGAAUGCACAACCAAAAAUGACCCUGGGUUUCAUGGAAAUGCACCCCACUUAUUGAAGUGGUAGAUCAACUACGGCAGGCUAGGGCUGCUUUCUUAAGGGCAUAUUUAACUCCCUUCACAAAAUGUAAACCAUUAUGCUUAUUGCUACUACUAGUCGUUUUAGAAACUCCUUCCAGCCUAACACCUAUCCAAUCCUCUCAGAUCUUUGAGGGCAAGCCAGCAGGAGCGGGUUCAAGAAUCGCAGUGCCCGUAGGUCUAGUAAAAUCUAUAAAGUAGAGUUUUUAUACACUACUACAGCACAUGCCUUCACUGGACAAAUGUUGAAAGAAUGUGUCCUAGAAGACUUUGCAUUUGAAGUAAAGGAAGUAAGUUCCCCAUUUAGAAAAAUAGCCAAUAAUACACAUGUAGGAAGUGAAAUGUGCACUAUUCUUUCAACAUAACCCUGUGGAUAUGUGCUGACUGGAAGGGUUCCAUCCUGACGGUGGUAAUUGUAGACUAGAGAUGUGUUGAAGGGUGUAUUCAUGUUUUCUAUAUACACAUACCAAAAUGGUUAGCUUCAUAAGGCUUGCAGUUCAUUUGCAAAUAACAAACACUACACAAAACUAGAUUCUAUUUUCUUUUUUGACUGUUGAAUUUUAGGUGAGUGUAGGGAGUCAGUGGUUGUAAAUACUAAGAAAUACUGUGAAUCUGACUACAGUGAUCCUCCACACUUGAGUGCUGGGGAGAGUAACAUUGGUCAGUAAAUAUUUCCAUUAAACGUUGAACUAUU